AUGACAAAAAUAAAAAUAAGAAAGAAAAAUAAACAUCUAAGAGCAUUUGAAGAGGAUUUAAAAAAUGAUAUAGUAGUAAAAAAUAAAAUACUUAAAAAAAAGAAACAAGAAAAAAAAAAACAAAAAAAAAAAAAAAUAAAGAAAAAAAAUGAUUUAAAUAAAAUAUUAAAUUUAGCUAAUGAACAAAAUGAAGAAUACUUGCAUCAUAAUAUAAAUGAUUUAGAUGAAGAAAAUAUUCAAGAAGCUAAUAAAUUCUUAGAAUUUGAUGAUGAUAUUCAUGAAAAUUCAGAUGUAAGUUUUAAUGAAAGUAAUAAAUUAGAUUCUCAUAAGGAUUCUUAUUUUAAUGAAUUAGAUGAAUCCAAUGAUAUUUUUCAAGAAUUUGAUAUAAAAGCAAAUGAGGAAAUUUCUCGUGAAAUUGAGAAAAAAGAAAAAGAAGAUAUGAUACAAAAGGAACAAGGAGAUAAGAUAGAUCCUUUAGUUGAAAAAUGUUAUAAAACAAUAGGUGAAGAUUUAGCACAUUUUAAAAAAGGGAAGUUGCAUAGGGCUUUCAAAAUUUUGACAAAAUCUCCAAGAUGGUUUGAACUGUUAUUAUUAACAAAACCAAAAAAUUGGACAACCCAAGCAACUUUUGAAGCAACAAAGUUAUUUUCAUCUGGAUUAAAAGAAGUGGAUGUUUGUAAAUUUUAUGAAUUCAUUUUACUACCUAUAAUUUUAGAAAACAUUGAUCAAAACAAAAAAUUAGAUUCCUUUCUUUAUAAAACUUUAAUAAAAGCUUUAUAUAAAUCCAACGCAUGGUUUAAGGGAAUUUUGUUUCCAUUAUUACAAAAAGAAUGUACAAAAAAGCAAAUGAUAAUUAUUGGAAGUAUAAUUCAAAAGAUGAGUAUAUCAAUAAACUCUGUUAUAAAUGGACUAAAUCAAAUUUUUAAAUUUCAAUGGAAUUCUACUAUUGGGUAUUUUUUAAGCAUUUUUUUUAAUAAAAAAUAUUCUUUUCCUAAACAAUUUAUUGGAAACUGUGUUGAAUACUUUAUUAAUUUUCAAAAUUAUCCUAAUCAAUUAACAGUAAUUUGGCAUAAAGCGUUAUUAAUGCUUGUUAAUAAUUAUAAAGAAUUACUGGAUGAAAACCAGAUUGAUAAAUUAAAAAUUUUAAUCCAAAAAAAGAAUCAUCCUCAAUUAUCAAGCGAAAUAUUAAAACAUAUGUAUUCGUCUUCUUCAUUAAUUAAAAAAAUUAAAGACAUAGCAUCAAACAAUGAAGAAAAUAUUAUAUAA